AGGACAUUGAGGUAGGAGGGAGAUGAUUCAAUGUCAGUCUGAUUAAAAGGACGAUUAACGCGAGAUGUUUCUAACAGCUUCGACAGCCGUCCUUAAAAGGAUUGCUGGUCCUGUAAUAGCGUCACUGGCGAGGGCGUGUUUGGCGCCGCCUCGUCCACAAGUCACUGGGACUGGGGCGAGGUUGUACUCGCCAACCUUUAGUUCCCCACCAAACCCAAGAUGCUGAUUUCUCCCCUCCUUUUUAUUUAAAGAUUCGGUUCAUGAGGCCUUUAGGAGGGAACCGGAACGUGAGGGCAAGAAGUGUUGAAACUGCAAUUAGCAGGUGGCGGGAGGUCAGACCAUCCCUUCUCUCCCACGGGCUGGCGAGCGCCAGAGCUCCACUUCCAUCCACAGUGCAACUAAUACACCAGCGAGGUCAAAUGUAUUUCCCCCAGUUGUUGUAGAUUGCUGUUUGCACUGUACAUCGGAAGAGCCCGUGAGCCUGAACCCGAUGAGCGAGGCUGGGUUUGAACUGUUGGAGCUGAGGUGCUGCCCCUCACCGAGUCUGCCCGCACCCCGGGGCGUGGGUCCGCCGCUCCCCGCUCCCUUGCACCGCGCUGUGCCGGGCGAGCCGCUUCCACUCCCCGGGAAUGUGCCCUGCAGCCGGCGCGCUGCUGCUCAGCUGUCUCUGCACCGUCUCGGCAGUGAUGAUCCAUCCUGACUGUGAGCUUUUAUUGGAGAUCCAGCUGGCAGAGGAGUCGUGUCUUUCCGAUGUUUCAACCUUCCUUCUGGAGGAGGAGUCCGUAGGGUGUCACUCCAUGUGGGACAACCUCUCCUGUUGGCCGGCGGCAGCGACAGGAGCAACCGUGAUUCUUCCUUGUCCCAAGGUACUGCUGCAGUACGCAGACCGACCAGGGAACGUGAGCAGACAGUGCACUGAUGAAGGUUGGACUGAGCUGUUGCAUUCUUACUCUAUUGCAUGUGACAUCAACAUAAGCAACAUGGAAGACGACAUCAAGGGAAUAUUUCUACAAGCUGUGAAGAUCAGUUACACUGUUGGACACAGCCUAUCUCUGCUGUCCCUGAGUGCUGCCUUAGUAAUUCUGUGUCUCUUCAGGAAACUACACUGUACCAGAAACUACAUCCACAUGAACCUGUUUGUGUCCUUCAUCCUGAAAGCCAUUGCUGUGUUGAUAAAGGAUGUGGUGCUGUUUGACAGCGACUCCGACCAGUGCACGCUCUCCACGCCAUCGUGCAAGGCUGCCAUCACCUUCUUCGAGUUCAGUAUCACCGCAAACUUCUUCUGGCUGUUGGCAGAAGGCAUCUACCUUCACACGCUCAUCGUGGUCUUCUUCACCGAGAGGAAGUAUUUUUGGUGGUACAUCGUGACGGCUUGGGGUGUCCCACUAUUGAUCACGGUUAGCUGGACUCUUGCUAUGAUGUGUAACCAUGACUUUGGAUGCUGGGAUUCAAUUGACUCUCCAUACUUUUGGAUCAUCAAGGCUCCGAUUUCACUGACUAUAUUAGUGAACUUUAUUCUCUUCAUCUCCAUCAUACAAAUCCUGAUCCAGAAAGUAUAUUCAUCAGACAGCAGAGGAAGCGAGUACAGGCAGUACAUGAGGCUUGCAAAAUCUACUUUGCUUCUCAUACCACUAUUUGGAGUCAACUACAUAGUCUUUGUCUUUGUCCCUGAUCAUCUGAACGUCUACUUCCGGCUGGUAUUUGACCUUGCCUUGGGAUCUUUCCAGGGUUUCAUCAUUGCAAUCCUGUACUGUUUCUUGAAUGGAGAGGUGCAGCAGGAGCUCGGCCGGAAGUGGCGGCGGUGGUGCACACAGUGGUACCUCACAGCCAACUCAAGAUACUGCUUCCCUUCCCUGGAGAAUCACACCACAAAAGAGGGCACUCAGAUAUCAAUGGUGUCCUGCUACAGCUCUCAAAUCCAAGCUGCGAACAAUGACCAUGCUGACCUGCACCUUGCUUCUGUGCAGUGAAGUGCAAGUCAGGCACGGAGGGUAGUAACCAAACUUUGGCAAUUCUAGGAGUGAUUUUCUGAAACUUUAGCAAAGGCCACGGAAACUUUAAAAUCAGACAUGCAGUCAUAAGUCCUAGGAGCAGAAAAGGGCUAUUCGGCCCAUCAAGUCUACUCCACCAUUCAAUCAUGGCUGAUCUAUCAUUCCCUCUCAACCCCAUUCUCCUGCCUUGAAUCUGUGAGUGUCAAUCUCCGCAUUAAAAAUAU